CUGUACUGAAGUGUGUGUGUGUGUGUGUGUGUGUGUGUGUGUGUGUCAUCAGCAGAGGAACAGUGCUGGACGUGCUGUGGAUUCGUGAAGGACACGCUGAUCUCCAGGGCUCACUUCCCCUUUCCUGUGCUAAACAACCAGCUCCUGUAUUCGGUGUCAUUUUCCCAUGAGCUACACAGCAAUCUUCACUCCACCUCAAGAAUUCCCAGUCAAGAAGAUUCAGACGGCAGCAUCUGUCAGCCAUGAGUGGAUUCAUUUACAAGCCAAAGACUGUCAUGAAAUGGACUCUCUGCCUCCCUCUCCUGUUCUGCAUUGUCCAUUUCUCUUCCACCUCUUUCAAACUUUUAGUGGGGCUGAUCCCUAUGACCAAGUGCUCUGUGGCCCCCGGAGAGAAGCUGAAUCUAGACAACAGUGCAGAUGCCACCCUAGACCUUUGGUCCAGAGCUGAUGUUCAGACAUGCACAUCUUGGAACGCUCCAAUCAUCUGGGAUGGGAUGUUUGACCCAGACGUUUUUGACCAGAGGCACAAGCAAGACCAGUCGACUGUGGCUCUCACUGUGUUUGCUGUGGGCAGGUACCUGGAUGCUUACCUUGGGACUUUCCUCAACAGUUCAGAACAGUAUUUCAUGGUGGGUUUACCAGUGACGUUUUACGUGUUUACAGAUGUACCAGAGAAGGUACCAAACAUGAAACUUGCUCCUCAGCGAAGCUUGAAGGUCAUCAAAGUGGAAAGGCACUCCAGAUGGCAGGACAUUUCUAUGAUGCGCAUGAAGACGAUAUCAGAUGUCAUAGAAUCAGACAUUCGUCACCACAGCACUUACGUCUUCUGCUUUGAUGUGGACCAGGUGUUUACGGGGAGAUUUGGCUCUGAGGCUCUGGGGGAAUCUGUUGCUCUGCUCCACGCUCACUACUACCGCCUUCCAAAGUUUUUGUUUAGUUAUGACUAUAACCCCAAGUCCAGAGCCUACAUGGAGACUGGGGAUUUCUACUACCACGCUGCUGUGUUUGGAGGUACGUGGCAGAGUGUGAAGGCCAUGGCUGAUGCCUGCUACCAGAGCAUCAUGGAGGACAAGCAAAACAACGUGGAGGCUCUGUGGCACGAUGAGAGUCACCUCAACAAGUAUCUGUGGCUCCAUAAACCCAGCAGGGUGCUCUCUCCUGAGUACUGCUGGGACAGAAGUAUUGGCUACCGGAAAGACAUUCGGGUCACCCGCCUAAUAUGGGCACCCAAAAAUUAUGACACACUGCGGAUAUCAUAGUGUGGCUAAAGGAGCCACAAUGUGGGGAUUUUUUCUACUAAAGACUUAAAGUAUUGAAUUAAUAGCUUGAAGAGUAUGCAAUGUUAUAUGCGUCAUACUAUCAGGUUGC